AUGAAUAAGUUCACCUUCCUCGCCCUUGCCCUCCUUGCCAUCAUCGCAUCUACCGUCUCUGCCGACAAGCCCAAGGCUCUUCGCCGUCUUCAAACUGCCGCCCCUGUGGCAGUUCCAAUCGCUGUGGUAGCACCGGUUGCCGUCCCUGUCGCCGCUUCGUCCUCCAAGGGUAGCAGCAGCAAGAGCAGCAAGAGACAGCUUGUUCACUACAACACUCCCUACGAAUCCUAA